GCUCUGGUCCAAUCAGGUGGCACGUACGACGUUUGCGCAACUGCUGUAUGACGUCAAACGUCCAGGUUGCGACUUGUGUGUUACAUACGGAAAUGAGAUGACAAGCUGAUCGUUACUCGAAAAAUUCACAAGAAAUCGAUGAGAAGAACGGAUUAAGCGGAAAGGUUGCUGUUCAGAUGAGGAGGGCUUGCCUGGUUGACCCUGCGUUUUGCCCUCCGUUGCCAUGGCAACACUCUAUUUUCCCCCAUUCCUCUUGCUCAUUUUUCUGUCCUGCUUUGCCCUAUUGCUUCUGACCCUCCUGCCCUCUGUUGCCCCCUCGUUUCCCUUUACCUCCUCUCCUUCUUCAUCUUGGCCAUCACCCCCCUGCGGCCCGGGUCAGUCCUGGGCAGUCCGGCUCCACGCUGGCCCACACCUGGAGGAAGAAGAUGCUGAACAGAGCUCUGUGGACCUCGAUGUGAUAGCCAACAGGAUAGCAGAGCAGGCUGGUCUGCAGAACCAGGGCCAGAUAGGACAGCUGGAAGGCCACUACUUGCUGUGUUCAUCUGAGCCUGGCGCUGGAUCUGAGGCUGGAGUUUGGAAAGAGAGCGUCCAGCCUGGGGACGUUCUGGCAGCCCACCCUCACGUCCUGUGGUACUCCCAGGAAAGAGUGCUCAGUCGCUCUAAGAGAUCCAUGGCCUUCAAUGAUCCCAGAUACCCUAAACAGUGGCACCUGCACAAUGAUGUCAACAAGGGUAUGGAUAUCAACGUGACAGGGGUGUGGGAACGCAACAUCACUGGCCUAGGAGUCACGGUGGUGGUGGUAGACGACGGGGUGGAACACACGCACCAGGAUAUCCAGCCCAACUAUAGUCCAGAGGGCAGCUACGACCUGAACUCCAACGACCCAGAUCCCAUGCCUCACCCAGAUGUCAACAGUGACAACCACCAUGGGACGCGAUGUGCCGGAGAGAUUGCAGCCGUUCCCAACAACAGCGUCUGUGCAGUGGGGGUGGCAUACGGCAGCAAGGUGGCAGGUAUCAGGGUCCUGGACGGCCCGCUGACUGACAGCCUGGAGGCCAUAGCCUUCAACAAGCACUACCAGGUCAACGACAUUUACAGCUGCAGUUGGGGUCCUGAUGAUGAUGGACACACCGUGGAUGGACCCCAUCCCCUGGGCAAGGCGGCGCUGCAGCAUGGAGUGAUUGCUGGCAGACGAGGCUUCGGCAGCAUCUUUGUGGUCGCUAGUGGCAAUGGAGGUCAAUUCAAUGACAACUGCAACUAUGACGGCUACGCCAACUCCAUCUACACCAUCACAAUCGGGGCAGUUGAUGAGAACGGCAGGAUGCCUUUCUACGCUGAGGAGUGUGCAUCCAUGCUGGCUGUCACUUUCAGCAGCGGUGGGACCAAGCUGAGGAGCAUUGUGACGUCAGACUGGUCCAUGCGGCAGGGGACAGGCUGUACCGACGGCCACACUGGCACAUCUGCCGCAGCCCCCCUGGCGGCGGGAAUGGUGGCCCUCAUGCUGCAGGUCCGACCCUGCCUCAGCUGGAGGGAUGUCCAGCACAUCAUCACCUUCACCGCCACCAAGUGUGACACCAGUGCAGACUGGAGGGUGAACGGAGCUGGUUUCCGUCACAGCCACCAGCACGGCUUCGGUCUGCUCAACGCGUGGAGACUCGUCAAUGCCGCCAAGGUAUGGGAGUCAGUGCCGUUCCUCGUGUCCUAUCAGAGCUCAGUAACAAAAGAGGACACAUCCAUCCCGACCUAUCCCAAGGAGCUGGUUCGCACCUGGACUGUCUCUGCUGCUGACCUGAGAGAGUCUGGAAUGCAGACGCUGGAGCACGUGGCCGUUACCGUGACCAUAACCCACCCCUGCCGUGGCAACAUGGAGAUCGUGUUGAUUUGCCCCAGCGGUAUGUCAUCAGUCAUCGGGGCGCGCCGUGCCGUUGACAGAGACCCUUCAGGCUACCAGGACUGGACUUUCUCCACUGUGCGCUGCUGGGGAGAGAGAGCUGAAGGCCAGUACCAACUCAAGAUAUCCGACCACAAAGAGCCGUCGUCUCAGAAGUGUGCCAGUGAGGGAGUGUUGAAGCAGUGGAAGUUGACCCUGUAUGGCUCCUCUAUGACCUACAGCGAGGUCAAGGACAGACAGAGGCUGGUGGAGGAGGCUAUGAGUGGCAAGUAUCUGGACAGCAGCUUCUCUCUGCCCUGCCCUCCAGGCCUGGACAUCCCUCCAGAGAUAAUCAACCCCUUUACCUCCAACAACCUCAAGUUCCUGCUCCUGCUGGGUUGCUUUGCUCUCUUCUGGUCUCUCUAUUACACACUGGAGGUCACAUUGGCCCACCUGGACCUCAGGGGCCUUCUCUGCUUGCGCAGGAGACGGGGAGGUCACUGGGCCAGGAGGGGGCGCCGAGGGAGAGGAGUGGAGGAGGCGGUUGUAGAGGAAGAAGAGGAGGACAGGCAGGAAGAGGAGCGAGACUCAGGGGUGGAGUUGCUUACAGUGCUGGACUCCGAGGCCAAAGUGCCGCUUUUCAGUGGAGAUCUGGUGGCGACAUAGCACUGAGCCAGCUGAUGGGCCUAAAACCCUCAAACUGUCUGUGCUUAUGGGACUUCUCAGGCUUUCACCCUCUCCUCCUCACACACCCAGCCUCCUGCACCCAGCUGACCCCAGUCAAUCCUGGGCGUGGUGGUAAGGGAUCACAGAGUGGACUGCAGAUGAAUAGGACUGAAGAGUGGACCCUUUGUCCUUCUCUGCAUUCCCCAUACACGUGGCCUUGUAUGAAAAUCUGUGUUUGUGCCGUGACAUGAAAGUGUGUGAGAGUGUGUGUGUUUCUUAGACACCCAUGACCCAUCCCUCUUGCCAGUCCCGGGGUAAGAUUCCCAUCAGGAUUAUGAUUAGGUUAACGUUAGGGUCAGAACUGAAGAUGAAUCUAAUAGGGUUUAAUGGUAUAAUUGCAUGUGUGAAAGUAUGUAUACAGGCUUGUCCGUGCAAAUGUGUACCCACAGACACUGAGGAUACACUUUAUGGACACCUGUGUGAUCAUCUAACCAAGAGAAAGACAAGAACUUAUUGUGCACUACAGAAAGGUAAGAGUCUGUUGUGUGUGAGUUUAUGACUGAGAGCUUGUGUGUGUGUGUGUGUUUGUGACAUGAGUAGAUGUACUUGUAAUAUGCAAGGUCUUCCAUGAAAAGUGUCCUCGAGAGGGUACUGAUUUAUUUUAAGAACAAGAUUUAUUUUCUGAGAUGUGAUUUGAUGCAUUUGACUUUUAAGUCUGGGAUUCUUAUCUGUGGGUUAUCAGCCAACUACUGAAAAAACUUGAAGUGGGAUUUUCAAGUGUGGGAUUUGCAUAUGUAUUUUUUUAUGAAGUGUAAUAUAUACACGAUGUGUGCCUGCUGUACAGAUAUAUACCAACUGUUUUAUGAUUUAUACAAAGUGUUUUUAAACCUGUAUUAAAGAGUUCUACUUUUUUAAUGUAAAUGAGUGAGUGGAGUGAAGUUGGAAACUGUGUUUUGCUGUGCAAGUCACAGGUGACCUGAUUGAUAAUAAAAGACUGCUGAUGGAAUAUCCGUUCAGAGGAUCAUUGAGGCAGUUUUUAAAACCCAGUUACACACACUUGUGGAAUUGGUGAAACAAUCUGUUGCCCCUAGUUGUAAAGAUAGAGGUUUUUGUGUGUGUGGUGUAGCAGGAAUGAUUAACACUAAGGUUAAUUAAAUUUUACAAAACUUUUAAACAACAACAUGUGCCACAUUUUAGAAGUAUAAUCCCUAAACUGGCAAAAGGCUGAACUACCAGGAAGCAGAAAACUUUGAGUUAAAGAAUAGGUUCACAGUCUUUAAAGUCUGUCUUGAAAAUACUCACAUGCCCCUUCAUGCAUGUACACCAAACAAGUUAUUUGUUGCUGUAAGUAUUCCUCCUCUUCAUACUGCCGUGAAGAAACCCCCUCUUAGCACAAUUCCAUUGAAAGAUAAGGAAAUGCAUUUUAGUACAGAACAAGGACUGGAACGUUCCCCAUUUUACACAUGCCUAACAUCAUGUGAGUACUGUUUCAAGACAGACUUCUAAAAAUGUGAACAUAUCCUUUCAAAUAUCGGUAGAAAAGGAAACAUCUGCCUACAUUUCGACAUUGCACUUCAACAGUUUAUGGUGAUGUUUUUCCCAUCCCUUUAGUUGGAAGCGUAAAUACCCAGAAUCACAAAGUCAAUUCAGAGAUGUAUUUCAAAGUCAUUAUUUAAUAGGACAAUGUACAAAAAUAUUGGUGCUGAUACAGCAGGCGUAGCAUUGUGGGAAGUAUUAAUGAAUUUUGUAACAGUAAAAUUGAGGAGAAUUGCUAUGGGGGGGGGGGGGGGGGGGGGGGGGGGUUGUAUC